UGAAAACCAAGACACCACUCGCCAGCGAACUCGGACAAACUGCAGGGAGUAGCCUUUCUGGACACCUCGGAUGUAUGUAAAAAACUCUCCUUCUUAAGCCUCGGGACGGUUGCGGCGUUCAUGCCGGGGGGUCUCUCGACCCAGGCACACAUGCACACCAACUCAUUGAUCGGCGAACCUUUUUCUCCGCUGUUUUCCCUCUACUUUCGCAGUGUCUUGAAUCACCAGAUCUUUGAGUUUUUUUCUGAAGGGAUCCCCGGCGGAAGACUCGGCGAACGCCAUCCGCUUCCCCGCCGUCCCCAUCGGCGGUAAAUACAGCCGACUGCACGUCGUCUGUUGGCGGAUUCGUCUGUCAGACGAGACCUAGCGCCCUGACACACCAGAAAAUCUCUGGUUUUUGGUCUUCCCAUUGUGCGUGUUGUUCCCUUAGAAGAGCAACAGGUUCUUGAAAAGUCAAGGAAACCGCGAAACGGAAACCGUUGGCACGCGCCGAUCCUCGACACCGGAAACAUCGAACUGUCACUGGUUAUGAUUGCGCGUUUUGAGACUGCGGAAAACAGGAACACAGACAGAGGCUCCGGGUAAUCCUUUUUUCUUCAACGCAUUUCUCAUUUGCGUCUCCGCACUUCGAAAAACGCCUCCGCAAGCCUCCCCUCGCAGCAGAAAGGCGACGUGGCUGGAGCAGGAGGUUCUCCCGGACGCUGGGCCUGUACACUCGAAGUCUCAGCUGCACCAGAUGACGCCUAGAGCGGAAUCGGCGUGAACUGCCAUUGAUUGUAGGAGCUUAAUUUCAACAGCCUUACUCUGUUAAGGAGUCCAGCCCAUUUUUCUCCGCAACAGAACGGAGUCCAAAGAGCCCCUUCUCGACAAAGAAAGCGACGAGCUUUUGUCAGUAUGGAGACACUGUCUUCGGCAGCGGGUGUCCGUACACAGGCGGCGGGAGGACAGAUGGAGACAGAUAAAGGGGGACCGGAGAUGGACACAGGGAGUGAUCCAGAGGCGCAUGCAGAGGACAGUGAGAUGGCACGUGAAGAAGAGAGCCGCGGUCGCCCGGGAGGAGACGAAGGAGAUCCCAGCCACAGUUUGGAGCAUGCAAUGGAAGAGCCAGAGCACGUGCAUGCAGAGACGGAAGGAGAAGAUGGUCAAUCAAGUCGAGAACAGACAGAGACCACAGAUGAAGUCCCAGGCUCCAGCGGGUCGGUGGACGACUCUGUUGGAGAGGAGAGGAGCAACAUGGUCGAAGCCGAUAUGUCUUCUUCUUCCGGGAGCUCCGCGUCGCCUUCCUCAGACUCUUCCUCCGUUCCCUGCCGUAUCUCAUAUGCUGUGUCUUCCUCCAUCAACUCGUCUGUCCCCGGUUUCGCGGAUUCCUGGUUCCCCGAGAUGCCUCAAGAAACCUCCGCGACACCCUUCUCCUCCCCGCCGCUGAAGCGGCAAGCAGGCGCCGAAUCCUCAGGUGUACAGACACCGCAGCGGUCGGCGGAGUGCCCGGCUGGGUCCGACGCGAGGCGCGAAGAAGCGAAUGAAGAAGAAGGUGAACUGACUUCUCAGUCGAGAGCCAAAGAGGAGACGCGCGAGGCCGCUUCUGAAGAGCAGCCGGAGGGCAGCCAAGAGGAGGGACAGAAAGUCAACAAAGGGGAAAAGAAAACAGAACUCUUCUUGGGCAUGUGGCCCGAGCACUCGGGCGCGGGGGGCCUGGAGCUCCCGUCGCUCCUCCACCUCGCGGCUGCGUGCAAACAGUUUUCUCAGCCGAAACAGGCACGAGACUUCCUGGAGACUCUCAGCGCCGAGGAGAAGACGCAACUGCAGAGACGCUAUCACCGGGUUGCUCGUCAGCUGGCGCGCGUGUCGCCUGUCCGGCCGAUGCCUCAAGAAAAAUUUCGCUUGCUGGCGCCCACGUCAAAGGCGAAAGAGGACGUCUGGGAGAUCAUGAGAGAGCAAGAAAAACAGCUUCGCUGUCUACAACCUCACGACAUCGUUUUCGCCAAUCUUCAGGGCCAGCUCAAGGAGCUUUUCCCGGAGCGAAGCGAGGCGGCUCUGUACGACCUGUGUCGACGCGUUUGUGCGUUGGCAAAGCAGUCAAGUCGCAAGGACGUUCUCGGGCCCCUAAAACGAGCACUGUCACAUGCGCGCUUCGCUUUAGCACGGGAGCACCGAAAGUUGCGAUCGCAGGAGACGGCCGAGAGCGAAGACUCCUAAAACGCGGGGAGCAAAUCAAAUCAGUAACGAGAAAAGAAGUGCGUAUACAUUUUCCUCUCCCUGUGACGGGGUUUGCGUGAGUGCGUGUGCCUUUCGGGGGGCGGGUAGUUGAUAUUUCGUUGUCGGAUUGGCGACACACAUUCUAAUUUAAGCCACGCCUGAGAAGCGAGUUUUCCUCUCUUCUGGGUGGGACUGCACGUUUCAGUAAACGAGGGACACUGCGAAUGUUUUUCUUUCCUGGCUCUUGUCUAACGAAACGAGCUUUGCACAGUAACAGAGCGGUGCGG